GAUUAUUACUUAGUUUAUAGAUUAUUACUUUUUUUUAUAGAUUAUUACUGGUUUUAUAGAUUAUUACUUUGUUUUAUAGAUUAUUACCUAUUUUAUAGAUUAUUACUUUGUUUUAUAGAUUAUUACUUAGUUUUACAGAUUAUUACUAGUUUUAUAGAUUAUUACUUUGUUUUACAGAUUAUUACUUUGUUUUACAGAUUAUUACUUUGUUUUAUAGAUUAUUACUUAGUUUUAAAGAUUAUUACUUUGUUUUAUAAAUUAUUACUUUAUUUUAAAGAUUAUUACUUAGUUUAUAGAUUAUUACUUUUUUUUAUAGAUUAUUACUGGUUUUAUAGAUUAUUACUUUGUUUUAUAGAUUAUUACCUAGUUUUAUAG